AAUAUCCUUUAUCCACUUUAAUUUUCCACAAGAGGCAUACAAUACUCACAAGAGUUUCUACCAAAUAUUUGACAUUGCAACUAGCUCUGCAAUAAAUAAUAAUGGUUAUUAUAAUUACAAGUGCAACUCACCAGAAUCUACCAUUUCAACCGACAAUCCACUGACAACAAAUAGAGGCCUUGUGCUCAAAGAAAAAGAAAACAAACUCAUAAUAUACAAAGUAAAGCACACUAUUCCUAGCUAGUUCCCACUCACUAUAAUAUCUUCACUCACACCUACAUCAUUAACCAUUGAAAAAAAAAAAAAAAACUUAAACAACACCUUCAUCCUUCAAUUUUUUUAUUUAAUUUUUGUUGCAAUUUUCUCUCAAAUGGGUAUCAAAAUAUUCAUGUUUUCCUUCCUUAUAACAUCAAUAUUAUUAUUUUUUCUUUUUAUUCCAACAAGAUUAACCCUUCAAACCUCAACCUUAAAUCCUAGUACUACAAUGGACUACUUCAAUGUCCUGAGAACCAACAAAACAUAUCCAAUUACUUUUGCAUACUUGAUCUCUACAUCCAAAGGAGAUGUUGUGAAACUCAAAAGGUUGUUGAAAGUGUUGUAUCAUCCAGGAAAUUACUAUUUAAUUCACAUGGAUUAUGGAGCUCCAGAUUCAGAACAUAAGGAUUUGGCAAAAUAUGUGGCUAAUGAUCCUGUUUUUAGUCAAGUUGGGAAUGUUUGGAUUGUUGGGAAGCCUAAUUUGGUUACAUAUAGAGGACCAACUAUGCUUGCAACUACUCUUCAUGCUAUGGCUAUGCUUCUUAGGACAUGUCAUUGGGAUUGGUUUAUUAAUCUUAGUGCUUCUGAUUAUCCUUUAGUCACACAAGAUGAUCUGAUCCAUGCUUUUUCUGAGGUGCCAAGGGAUAUUAAUUUCAUACAACAUAGUAGUCGUUUGGGUUGGAAACUGAAUAAGAGAGGGAAGCCAAUGAUUAUAGACCCAGGACUUUAUAGUCUUAAUAAAUCAGAGAUUUGGUGGGUCAUUAAGCAAAGGAGUUUGCCAACAUCUUUUAAACUCUACACAGCUUGGACAAUAGUAUCAAGAUCAUUUGCUGAGUAUUGCAUUAUGGGGUGGGAAAAUCUACCAAGAACUUUACUACUCUACUACACAAACUUUGUCUCAUCACCAGAAGGAUAUUUCCAAACAGUAAUAUGCAACUCAGAAGUUUACAAGAACACCACAGCCAACCAUGAUCUUCACUACAUUACUUGGGACAAUCCUCCAAAACAACAUCCUAGGUCUCUUGGACUUAAAGAUUAUAGGAAAAUGGUUCUGAGUAGCCGUCCGUUCGCACGAAAGUUCAAGAGAAAUGAUCCUGUUCUUGAUAAAAUUGAUAGAGAGCUUUUGAAGAGGCAUAAGAAGGGAUUUUCUUUUGGUGGUUGGUGCUAUGAGGGUGGAAAAAACAAAGCAUGUUCUGGUUUGAGAACUCAGAAUUAUGGUGUUCUUAAACCUGGUCCUGGAUCAAGAAGGCUCCAAAAUUUGAUAAAGAAAAUUUUAUCUGAUAGAUUUUUUCACCAAAUGCAGUGUAGUGAUUGAACUCAAGAUUUCUGAUUAAGCGAGCAGAGUAGAGACUAGUGUCAGUCUCAUUCAAGCACUUUUGGCAAGUCUCGGUAACCAUUUGAUUUCCAUUUAAUUCAUCACUUUUGGUUAAUAUUCGAUCAUGAUGCAUAUGAUUAUUAAUAUUAUUUUGUCUCUCGA